AUGAGUUGCCCAAUGAAGACUUGCCAAAAGCCAGAAGCUCCAAAAGAGGAGCAGAAAACGUGUUGUCAACAAAAGGCGUGUUGCCAGCAAGAACCGUGUUGUCCUGUCAAGGCGGCAUACAUGGAGUUUCUGAAGCAGAUACCACGUGUUGCUGUCGAUGAACCAGCACCACUCUUCAAAGCGCCCGAAUAUUGCCCCAACUGUGAUGCAGUCAUUGAGUUUGAGUUAGAGAAGCACAAAGGAAAGACUGUUGUGUUGGUCUUCUACCCGCACGACUGGACGUACAUCUGCCCAACUGAAAUUCUUGGGUUUGGCAAAUUGGCGCAAGAGAUGCCAGAAGUCGUGAUUGUCGGCGUCUCAGUCGACUCUGCGUAUUCGCACAAGGCGUGGGCAAAUGCUCCACGCGAGAAAGGCGGACUUGGUGGAAGUAAGAUAGGACUUGUCUCUGAUAUCACACACAAAGUCUCGAUGAUGUAUGGGAUGUUCAAUCCAUGCGAAGCCAUCUGCAGAAGAGGGUGCGUCAUCAUCGACAAGAACCAAAUCAUUCGAUUCAUGGAAAUGAACGGAAAAGGGUUUGGAAGAAGCACUGACGAGAUCAAGAGAAUCAUCGAAGCUAUCAACUUCUCAGACGAACAUGGAGAAAUGUGCCCAUGCAACUGGAUGCCUGGUAAAGACACCGUCAAGCCAUGCCAAGAGGGAAUCUGCGAGUACCUCAAGAAACUUUAA